CAGCACGAUAAACCCGAGCCACUGCGGCACGUCUGGCGCAGAAAGGAGAGGAAGCUGGAGAUGUCUGACGCUUGGUUCUGAGGAGCGAUUUGCAACGCGAUGGAGCGAGCAAGGGAUCGCUUACACCUGAGAAGAACUACUGAACAGCACGUGCCAGAGGUAGAAGUCCAGGUCAAACGCAGAAGGACAGCUUCACUGAGCAACCAAGAGUGUCACUUGUACCCACGGCAUUUGCAGCAGCAGCAGCAAGUUCCUGUGGUGGAUUUCCAGGCAGAACUGAGACAGGCAUUCUUAGCUGAGACACCAAGAGGUGGUUAAAGCAGCACUGGAACAUCAAGGGUGGUGGAAGUCAAGGAAAAGAGGACCCCUCCACUGUUUGUGAAACUUUGAUCAAAAUUACAUUGUGUCUAAGAGCCUGCAUCACACCUUUA